UCUUGGAAACAGAUUCCUGGAACCCCCGUCAGCCCAAAGUGAACCGAGCAGUUUUCUGUCCCGCAGUUCACUGAAUAAAGAGCACACACGCUCCGCUCCUCUCGCUCGUUUUUUGUGACCACAACAGAUAGUUACGAGGAAUGUUUCUUUUCGCCGUCAUCAGGGGACUAUUCACUCACGAUAUUUAAUUUACUUACCGUGAGAAUCUGAUGGUUUAUACCCUGGACUGUUUUUCGGGCUGGUCGCAAUUCUGAUGAUUUUGCUUGAUUUAAGGUCUGCUGUCAGUCUGAAAUGGUUGCCCGGGCAGUGACCAUUUUCCAUCAUGAGGAGCGAGGAGGUUCAUGUUGCCCACAUCCCUCUCCUCCACCCUGGGACCCAGCAGAAGACCUCCGCUGCAUCACCACCACCUUCCAGUAUCUACAGACCUCGGGCUGGUACUGGGGUUCCAUCUCAGCGAGUCAAGCUCGGGAAGCUCUCCUGACAAUGUCUGAAGGUACGUUCCUGGUGCGGGACAGCAGUCACCCUCAGUACAUGUUGGCCCUGUCAGUGAAGACCCGCUGUGGACCUACAAGUGUGCGAAUAGAGUACAGCAGGGGCUGUUUCUGGCUGGACUCCAUCUCCCCUGGUCUGCCUCACCUGCAGUCCUUCCCAGAUGUUCACAGCCUCAUACAGCACUACAAGAGUUCAGGCCAGACGCCACAGGACCAGACAUCUAAUGACAUUCACCCCAAAACAAAGCUUGGCCCUGCCGCGCACACAGCCAAAGACACGGGAGUCCCUCUAAAGCUGAUGCACCCUUUACACAAAUCAGAGGCAUUCCCUUCUUUGCAACACCUGACGCGCCUCACCGUCAACAGACACACAAACUGCCCAGACCAGCUGCCACUCCCAAAGCUUCUGCUGCGCUACCUGCAGGACUACCCUUUCCACAUAUGAGGGUCUCUGUCCCUCAGACACAGGACACAGAGACUGGAACAUGGAUAAGGGUCACACUCCAUGACCACACACUGUGACUCGGGGACAGUUUGACACCCAGGCAACAGAGACUGGCCCAGAGGGAGAAUAUCGUAAUGGUUCAAGUACAGUAAACCUCAGUGCGACCUCUAUGAACAAGCUCAGUCCUGCUACAGUGUUAUUGUUGUUCUCCAGAAUAUUUUUAAUAUUUUGAUAUGUUUCAGUUACUCUAAAUCCAUGUAUUUCUACAAUGCCAAUAUGUAAGUUCUCGGUUUUUUCUCUUUAUUUGUCCCAUUUACCACCAGUAAUAACAGAGAAUUGUUUUCUCUGCCUUGGAGUAAACAACUUUUUUUGGGGGGGGGGGCUUACAUUUGCAAAGAGAAUUUUUUAUUUCACUGUACAUGAUAUCAAUAAACCUGAUGAACCAUGGUUGAGCUAAAAGUGAUCUCCUGUAACACUUGCAAUUUCUGGGCACCAUUAUGGCCAUCACAAAAGUCAGACAAAAGCUUUUAAAUAUGUCCUCACAUCCUAAUUGUUUUCCUGUUAUGGAUAUCCUGAUAGAACAAGGGUUCUGAUCAUUUCCUAGCACAAAAUCCAACAGAGUUUGGAGGGGGAGCAUUAGUUGUCUGUUCCCUGCUGAGUCUCAAUGUAAUGACUCUCUUCCAAUUAAAAUGUAAUUAAGAAUUAGAAUAUUUGAGGCUACACUGAUUAGACAUGUUGUAACCAAUAUUAUGAGUGUGGAUAGAUUGAGGUCAGGCUGACACUACAUGACAUGCAGACUGGAGGUGCUGACAAGUCAUUUAAAAAGAUAAAACACUGGGUACAGUGUGUAUUUUUUUAAAUGUCUUUUAUGUGCAGAAUCCUUUUCUACAAUCAGAUAUCUUCCAUUUGAAAAAGUACCCUUCU